CGCAGCAUCAAAAUGGUUGAGAAUAUUUCAGACAUGAGUGUGAUACGUGGGACUUUGUUGAGCAUGGAAAACCGCACUUUUACGAUUUCGUCGGGUGUUCCUGCAUUCCUUGCGAAGUUAUGGAAGCUAGUGGACGACCCGUCGUCCGAUCAUUUGAUUUCAUGGAGUCAAGUAAGUGCUUAUUCCAAGCUUUCGAUUUUACCAAUAUGGCUUCCUCAUUUUAUGGCUUAUAUGUUCCGCGUCACGCACAGCACAUGCCCGAACUACAAGUGAUUUAUAAUCCUGCACAUUUUGCGUGUUGUUUUGUAGGACGAAACAAGCUUUAUUGUUCACGACCAAGUCACAUUUUCAAGAGACAUUCUACCCAAGUAUUUCAAACACAACAAUUUUGCAAGCUUCGUACGACAACUGAAUAUGUGUAAGUCUGUGUAAACAGAAAAUAUCUUCUUGUAAUCUCGCAAAUCGAGCGUUAAUAUACUAGAUUUUUAUGAUAACAUUUUGUAGUGUAUUUGUUGCUACACAAGUCGACUGUAUUAAUUUCAAUCCUUUAGCUUAGUGGUUGGUCUUUUACACUUAAAUAGAUGCCCCACCGUUUUAUGACUUUUGUAGGCGUCGGUAUAUAUGUGCGAAAUAUUUGAAAAGGCUUUAUAGCACCCACUACAGCAUGAUGCAACGUGAAAAUGCUUGUUUUUAUUUUUAAAACCUGUUUACUAUCAUAAAGUAUGAGUUCAAUACUAUAUAGUAAUUUUAUUUUGCAUCAAUGGACAAAUCCAAGCAUUAUUAACAUGUAGUCAAUAGUUGAAAGAAUAAUUGCUGUAAUUUUUUGUGUGUAGUGAAAUGUUAAAAUGCUUUACUGUAACAUUAAAUUAAACAUGAUUCGUAAAGUUAAUUUGCAACUUUAUUUUUUUUAAAUGGGGGCUGUGCCAUUGUAGGUCAGUGGGUGUAUUUUUGGCAUAUAGGGGAAAUAUUAAAUAUGAAGAGAGCAUGUACAAAUUGAAUGUAAAUUCCCCAAGUAAACGGAAUGUAAUAUGUAUCAUUAGCACUGUGUAAAAUGUGUGUUAGCAACAAUAGUUUAUGUCUUGAUAGUUGUUAAUUCGUGCCUCAACUUGCCUCGACCAUGAGUGAUAAAAGAAAGUACUAUGGAUUUAGUUUUGCAAUUUGGCUAGUUGUUACAGCCUAUUUACGUGUAAUUAAUUUUUUGACAUUUCAAUCAACUGAAAGCGAAUGAUAGUUUGUAAAUUGAUAUUACUUGUGCAAAUAGCACGUUGAUUUUCUGAAAAAAGUUGUCGAAAGUAUAGAUUCCAUAUGUUCAGUAAUAAAAAUAAGACUACAGUCGAAGGGGCUGUUUAUAUGGAAACCCCAGGUUGGCCCAAUGAGAUUGUGCCAUAUUUCUACAGUAGAAAUUUUGUUUAUAUGGCAACCAAGCUGCUGUAAGAUUUCCAUGUUAUGUUGUUGUUAAUUCUGUGAUUCCCACUGUUCAGUGUGCAUAAAGUUUUAAGUGGACACUAAUAGCCCAAGAUAAUUGCCCCCAUACACACACCCAGAUACCUUUUAUAGUACAAUAUGCCUGUAUACUCGCAGGCUUUGUUGUGGUAAUUAAAUCCUACUGUGGGCCCAACUUAAAUUGUUCUAUUUUAGUACAACUAUGACUCUGAGCAAUGCAUAAUAAUAUCAGGAUACAAAUGAAUGUUUGUACAGUCACAGAAACUUUAGUCAAAACAGCACAUGCUACAUAUGGUCAUCAACACCCCUGUAAUUGGUUCGUUGGGAUUUUAUUUUACUAAAUUUUAUGGCAAAAAUGUGAGUUGACAGCAGCAUCACAUGAUAACCUAGCAAACCACAAUGUGCCUCCCCAAAUUGUAUUAUGAUUUUGCAGUGUUUAGGUAUAACACAGUAUUAACUCUGUUAAUUUGGUUAACUGGUUAUUCAGAGAAAACUCUCAGGAAAUUCAAAGACGUAUAUAUGAAAAUACUGUAUUAGCACUUAAGUAACAUAUUGUAUGUCGUUGUUUUAAUGGUUGGGUAAUCAAAGCAUUCAAAACAAAGUGCUUGAAAGUUUUAAUGCAUGCUUAGAAAUAGGAUGGCUUACUUGGUCAGUUUUUUCUCAAUAUAUUCCAUUUCCCAUUGAAUCUCACUGCCUUUGCUAAUUUUAUCUUAUUCAAAGAAAAUUUUGUUGAAUUUGUUUAGAUGGAUUCCGUAAAGUAGUUGGUGCUGAACAGGGUGGUUUGAAAGCAGAAAAAGACGACUGGCAAUUUCAAAAUGCUAAUUUUAUCCGAAGCCAACCGCGAUUACUUGAAAAUGUCAAAAGAAAGGUAUAAAGUUCAGAUGAAAUGCUAAGUUAUAUUUGCAUGCAAUCAUAACUAUGUGUUUCUUAGAAUUAUUUGUACUGAUAUGAUUUGUGGUGUAACUUUAUUUAAAAAUAUUGCCUUAUUUUUGCAGUCAACUCCAGACGACAAAAAAGUAAAGGGUGAGGAGUAUAAUCGUGUCUUGUCAGAUAUUCAUCACAUCAAAGGAAAACAGGUUGAUAUGUCAUCAGUACUGGACCAAGUUAAAAUGUAAGAUAUGGAAAUUACUUGUACAAUGAUGUUAAAAAAAUGUUCACUCAUUUGGCCACAAUGACCUAAUCUGCAACUCUGUUUUUUUACUCUAUCUAAUGCCAUGCAAUUUUACUUGUCAAGCAAAAGUAUUAGACAUUGAAUGAUAGAAAUUUCAUCUGUUUGACAGGGAAAAUCAAAGCUUGUAUCAAGAGCUUGGGGACUUGAGACAAAAACACGAGGAACAAGAGCAAGUGGUAAACAAGGUAGACUAAUUUUUUUACAUAAAUUAUGAUAUGUUAAUUGUAGACAAAUUAAAGCUUUCCUUUUUGUUCCACAGCUAAUUCGGUUCCUGAUGAAACUUUUGUAUUCCAACAAUGGUCUCACAAACAAAAGGCCGUUGAUGUUGACAGGACCAGAAUCUGGUAAUCCCAAACGACAAUGUACGACAGGGGUUAAUAUGGAUAAUCCAGGGGCAUCUCAACAGGAUUCAUACAAUAUGAGGGUAAGUAUUCUUUUCUUUAGUACAUGUAUUUUUGGAUGAAACAACAUAAGCAACUAUUUAAAUUUAUCCUAUAGAAAAUGAGCAGGUACUAACAACUAGCCUCUGUCAUUUCUUAUAAUAGUCUCCCCCAAGACCAGGCGGUAUGACGGUCACACCCAACAGUUAUCCAGGUAAGCACAAAAACCACAGUAAGAUAAAUUAGCAGAUUACAUACAAUGUUUCUUAGUGUGUCAAUCGGAUGUCUCAAUGGGGUAUCCCAAUAACUCUGCAUUGGUCAAAAUGCUGGUACAUUCUGCCAGAGAUGUUGGGUUUAAUUUCCAGUUGGGACACUCGAAAUUGAAUUUUUGGCAAAAUAUUCAAUAGUCAACUUAAUUAAGUUGCACAUAUUAUGCAUUAGUUCGGACACAACUUUUACUGGCAAACAAACAGCUUAUCAACGUGGUGAGCUGAGAAGUAAAUGAUACAACUAUUAAAUUGUUUCUUUAAUCUUCGUUGAAUUUUAGAAACAUCUGGUCCAGAAAUCACUCCAGUUGAUGAUCCAGAGGACUAUGUUGGCAUUUCCAUUUCCGCUGUUCGUCCAAUUGUUAACGAACCUGGAAAUCCGCCCAGCACUUCAGACGAGACCUAUCAUCCCUUGCGGCAUCUUCCUAUCGAAAGCCAAGCACAAAGUCAUUAUUCUGAAGACUACCGCAGCAUGCCAUCUCAACAACCAAGAAUUGUGCAACCUUCGGUACAAACAUACAAUCCUGUAUCAACAAUGUGUAUUAUGCCAAGCAGAAGUACUCCAACCACUGUGUCAUCACAAGUUCCUAAUCCUAUCAAUAAGUAAGUGAAAUAUAGGUAUAUUUUCUGACGCUGUGACUAUGGCCUUCUGAGAGAUGUCCAGAACAAGACACUUAAUUAGGGUCGGACGAUAUCGUUUAUCGAUAAAACCGAAAAAAAACUGUUUUUUCAAAAAAAACAACAAUUCAAUCGAUUUUUCUUUUGACAAAAAACCGGGAAAAAUCUGGUGGAUUUCUGGCGUAUAGCAGUGGCUUGCAAACAAUUCAUAUUCUGUACCCUGGCUUAUUUCAGAUGGAAAUUUUCAUUAAAAAACAUCGGUUUUUUCGGGGUUUUCCAGACUGUUUUCAGUUUUUACCCUGAACCACCCGACCCUACACUUAAUGUACAGGGUUUUCCAUGACUUUGCACAACUGUUGUUGUGACAAAAAGUUGGAUCCCCUCAAAAUCUUCUUCCCUACCACAUCGAUUCUACUCUGACUCAAUCAAUUUUAUUUAGGGAGCAAUUACAGAAUCACGUCCAGUACAUCGAAGACAAUCUGUACUCAUUUCAAAAUAUCCUGGCUGGUGGGAAUUACAAUGACCCAGGCAUGCUGGAUGUAAGUUCAUACAUGUUAACUGCAUUGUACCUCCUAAUUCCAACACAAAAGGUGCAAGUUUAUUGCAAGUGAACUGUGUUCAUAGGAUGUUUUGCUGUAUCUCUGUACUUAUUUUGAUAACAUUCUUUUGUGUCCAGGAUUUGUUGGAUUCCAUUGUUGAUGGUCGUGAGUCCCCAGGGAGUCAAACAGAAAGAGGUGAGACUGCAUAUGGCUUUUAGGUUUCAUUAAAACUAGCAAAUACAGUACGGUGAUCUAAAAUUAGACAACAUUUUCAUGGCAAAUACAGUACAGUGAUCUAAAAUUAGACAACAUUUUCAUGAAGACCUCUUACCAUUCUUCUAAUAUGGUGGUACCAUAAGCUACUGUGGUUUGUGCCUGAACUAUGAUGAAACAGAUAUCUCAGACAUGGUGGUCCAGUGUAAUUAGUAUUCAACAAUAUCAAUGUGCCAUGGUUUGUGAAUAAGAUGCAAAUCACUAAAUGGCUGCUAACUUGUAGGAAUAUCGAUACCGGAAAAAUUAUACCGAUAUCAUCGGUAUACCGGUUUUUCACCUUUUACUAUAAAUUAAAUAGGAAAAUUCCUUAGUGGAAAUUUGAAGGAAAUUUUGAUGUGCCUUUAUUAUUUUAUUCCAUCUAUGCCAGAUGAUUUUGCUCAUGAAGGAGAGAGCAUUGCACUCGAUGGGUUAAGACACAAACCACAGCAGCUUAUUAAAUCAUUUUCUUGGGGGCAAAGAUAAAUUUAGUAUGUCUCCAUGUUAAUUUAUAAUGUACUUUGCACUAACAGAGCCUGUUUUUCAUAGUUCGUGAUCCCUACCAGACAUCUCAAGCAGCAAGCGAGGUUUCAUCGCCGCCAUCCACCACCUCGUCCCAUGGUCAUUCACCCAGAUACAGUCAACAACAAAUCCCAGGAAAACACAUUAACUGGUCAGUAACCUCUAUGUUGCCAGAUCAAGACAGAGCUGCUUCAAGAAGAUAUUAAUAUAUAGAACUGCUGAUCCAAAUUGGGUUAAUUUUGUAUGUGCGUGUAUAUAUUAUGUACAGGUAUACAGAACGGCCAGAUUUAUACUAGAGAACUAUGUGCAGUCUGGACGAACUUGGUGAAGAGAUAGUUCGUCUGACACUUUUCUUUCCGAAGCUCGCUCAGUGGUGCUUCUUUUAAAAAAAUGAAACUCCGCCCUUGGCCAGUAUAGAUUGUGAUAAUCUAACUGGUUCAUCUGGAUAGUUGGUGUUGUGUUUUCACUAAGACAUAUGAUAGGUCUCCAGUAUAAAUCCAGCCCAUUUGUAUAGUGUACAUAUAUAUAUAGAUUCGUGUAUAACCUGUGACAGCGGUAAUAUAUUUUGAACAUGGGAUUUUAGUCGUUCAAAAAUAGUGGAACUUUGUCAUGGUAGUCCAACGCCAAUAUGCCUGGUAUAUCCGUGAUCUGUGGGAAAUUGUGUGACUUUUCUUACCUCCGCGCUAUUCACCUUAUGUCAUCUGUGACGCUUGGUUACAUUUGUGGUUUACAAGGUACAUCUGGGAUUUUCGGUGCCUGUGGACACACCUUUGCAUUGGCGUAAAAUAUACUUCACUGAGAAGUUCGAUGGUAAAACAGAAGAGUGUAAUUUGUUAGAUAAUUAGUAUGCAAUCACGAGGCAGGUUACUUGUGUUCUUAGAAACAUACAUUUUAAAACACUAUAUUUUUAGACAAUUAUCAAUAUAGUUUUAGUUCAAUUCAGAAACAAUUAUAGAGAAAUUAAAUUGAAUGUAAAAUAGAAUAUCUGAUUAUAACAAAUGAAAUGUGCG